AUGAGCGCCUCAAACCAGAUGGGCAAUAGGCAGGGUAGAUCUACAGAACUUGCGGUCAGGCUACUCACGGACCAGGUCCGUACGGCUUGGUCCCACAAGGCAGUCGCCUCGCUUUUACAGCUAGACAUUAUGGGAGCCUUCGACACAGUAGGCCACCGGCGACUCCUAGACACCCUACAGAGGAAGGGCUUCCUACAAUGGGUACUCAACUGGACCCAAAGCUACCUCACGGACCGGAGUGCGACGCUUUUCUUCGACGAGGAGGAAUCUGACCCAAUCCGGAUACAGUCCGGAGUCCCAUAG